AUGGAACAGCUGGAAUGGAACAGCUGGGUGAAACAUCAGGGGGAACAUCUGGAAACAUCUGGGGAGAACAUCUGGGGCAAAACGCUGGCGCUGCUGGAGCGGGCGUGCCGCCGCCGGGGCCUGCGCGGCUCCGGGCCCGCCCUGCUCCGCUACCGCCGCUCGCUGCGCUGCGCCCCCGGAGAGCCCCGGCCGCGGCCCGGGCCCGCCUCCCCCAGCUCCAGCCCCGCCCUGACCUCGACCCUGCUCAGGGGGAGGCCCCGGGGCCGCCGCCCCUCCCCCCACCUGCUCAGCAGCGAAUCCGGGAGGACCUGGGAGUCCCGCCUGAGCCUGAUGGAGGAAGAGGAAGAGGAGGAGGAGGAAGAGGAGGAGGAGGAGGAGGAGGAGGAGGAGGAGGAGGAAGGAGAGGAGACCCCGAACACCCCCAGGACCCCCCUGGAGCAGCCCCGGGACAUUUUCACCUUCCCCGGCCUCGACUUCCAGACUCUCUGAAGACAAAAAUUCCAAAUUUCCCUCGGAGUUUUUUCCCAAUUUUUGGCGUUUUCAGCCCAAAAUUCCCAAUUUUUUUCCCAAAACUCCGAUUUUUGAGCCACUUUUUUGGGGAUUUUUGGGAUUUAUCCCAAACCUUUUGGUGUUCUCACCCCUUUCUCUCCCUCCAGAUUUUCUGGAAAUCCAAUUCCCAAAUUCCCUCCCGGUUUUUUUUCCCAUUUUUGGGGUUUUUCACCCCAAAAUCCCGUCGCAAAUUCAGCAUUUUUGGAGCCUUUUUUUGGGAAAUUUGGGGAAAUUUGGGGUUUCCCACCCUUCAUCUCCUUCCAGACUCUCUGGGAUUAGAAUCCCAAAAUCCCCCUCGAGGUUUUUCCCGUUUUUUGCCGUUUUCACCCCAAAAUUCCCCCAAUAAAAAACUCCAACCA